UACGUACUCGCGGCGCUGACCGCCGAGGCGAGGAAGCCACGGAUCGACGGAAUUAAGCUUCGACUACAGCGAUGGCCCCGGCACGCCUCGCCCGUUUCAGAGCCGCGGAUGGAGUCUCCACCAAGCGACGUCAUCGCUGCACCUUUGCCAACGUCAAACGUCAACGUCAAUAGCGCGCCUUCUCGCCUUGCCUUACCUACCUUCCAGGUUAUAACGGUCGCUCGCACACAGCCGGCCGGGCUCAACCCCGAAACUCUGAAUAUCCCUGCUCCCAACUGUGGCCAAUGGACCACUGACCUCGAGUCUGUCUCUGAUGCAUUGGGGCUGACUGAUUCCCCGCCAUCCAUCCAUCCUUUCCCAUCGUUCGAGUCGGCCCGGCCUAAUCAGCGUCGAUACCAGCGAGCGGCCAUCGCGCCCUGGGACCAACCAUGGGUCUUGACCUUGGUUUUCCGCUUUGCUGCUGCCGAAGCUGCAUGUUCUACCUUGGCAGCCACAGUCAGGCGCCUUUCCCAUCACCGCCCGAUCCGUCAAUCAUUACCCCACAGACUGGCGACGAGCACACUAGGGAUUACAACCAUUCUCACCAAUCGACGACAACACAUAACUGGAUCGAUUUCUCAUACUGAGCCUUUCAUCAUGGGAUGGUUUGGCUUGAAGGGCGGGUGGCUCACCUUUUGGGUCACCAUCGCCUGCGCGACAGACAUGACACUCUUCGGCUACGACCAAGGCGUCUUCGGCGGCGUCAUCGUAACCGAUGAUUUCCUCCAAACGAUGGGCAUCGUCGGCAACGACAAGCUCCAAUCCACCGUCACCGCAAUCUACGAUAUUGGCUGCUUCCUCGGCGCAAUUUCCACCAUAUGGAUUGGCGAGCGCCUCGGCCGCAAGAACACCAUUCUCGUCGGCACCACAAUCAUGUCCAUUGGCGCCAUCCUGCAGACCGCCGCUUUUGGCCUCCCGCAAAUGUUCGUCGGCCGUGUCGUCGCGGGUAUCGGAAACGGUAUCAAUACCAGUACCGCCCCCGUGUGGCAGGGCGAGACGAGUAAGGCGAGUUGGCGAGGCAAGUUGAUUGUCAUUGAGAUGAUUAUGAACAUCUUUGGGUUCUCGCUGAGUAACUGGGUCACGUUUGGCUUCUCAUACCUCACCGGCUCCAUCUCAUGGCGCGUUCCCCUGGCCUUCCAGUUCUUCUUCAUCUUCAUCCUCUACGGCACCGUCCCCUGGUUGCCUGAGUCACCUCGCUGGCUCAUGGCUCAAGGCCGCGUCGCCGAAGCCGAACAGAUCCUUGCCGACCUCGAAGACAUGCCUGUCGACGAUGCUUAUAUCCAGACUCAGUCCAAGGACAUCCAGUGGGCCAUCAACUACGAAAGAGAGAAUACCGUCCCCUGGUCGGACCUCCUCCGAGGCCGGACCGGCGAGUCGUCGGGAACGUCCACCAUCCGGCGUAUAUUCCUCGGGUGUGGAACCCAGGCCAUGCAACAAUUUUCCGGGAUUAAUGUUACAAGUUACUAUUUGCCUCUCGUUCUCAUCAACUCCGUCGGUUUGGACAAUAAACUAGCGAGGUUACUGGCGGCGUGUAACUCUGUCAGCUACUUCUUGUUCAGUUUGAUUGGAAUUCCCAACGUGGAGAGAUGGGGAAGGCGAAAGAUGAUGAUGUACGGUGCCUUUGGCCAAUUCAUGUGCUACGCCGUCAUUACCAUCUGUAUUCGUUACAAUGAAAUGGCUGGCCUGGCACCAGAGACGCAGUCCCAGUGGGCAAAGGCUUCGAUCGCCUUCUUCUUCUUGUACUAUGUCUUCUUUGGCAUUUGCUGGCAGGGUGUGCCUUGGCUGUACCCCACCGAGAUCAACAGCUUGUCCAUGCGUACAAAGGGAGCCGCUCUCGGCACCGCAACGAAUUGGAUUGUCAACUUCAUGGUCGUCGAGAUCACACCACCAGGCAUCUCUUCCCUCGGCUGGCAAUUCUACAUCAUCUGGACAGUCUUCAACUUCUCCUUCAUCCCCAUCGUCUAUCUCUUCUACCCCGAAACAGCAGACCGCUCCCUCGAGGAUGUGGACCGUUUCUUCGCAGACAACCACGAUAUUUUCGUCUUCCGCGACAAGGACGCCACAAGCUCAAAGCGGCCGAUGAAGUACAUCGCGCAGGAAGAGGAGGCGAUCACGAAGCGGAACAGUCGGGGCGGUGUGCCUGGUGCUGAGGAGGAGGAUAUGUUGAGGCGAAGAGGGGCUGUGGAGAAGAUGAAGAAGGGGCGUGAGGAUGAAGAGCUGGCGUUCGGAGAGCAUAAGGAGAGAAGAUAG